CACGUCCAGAAAAACCAAGGAGGGCGGCGGCAAAGACCAUGCCGCGGCAGGCGCUCGAGUCGUUUGUGUGCCCGAUCAGCCAGGAAGUGAUGAAGGACCCCGUCGUCGCGUGCGAUGGUCACUCGUACGAGCGCGACGAUAUCGAGACGUGGUUUGAACAGAAAGUCACGAGCCCGGCCACGAACGCUCCAUUGCCUUCGUCACGGUUAGUGCCAAACCAUACCCUCCGCUUGGCGAUUCAAGAGUAUGCGCGCCAUGGCGCGCUGCCGCCUUUGUCGUCGACUCUCUCGGCCUUCUGCUGUCCCAUCGGCAAAGCCACGAUGGUCGACCCUGUCGUCGCUGCCGAUGGGUAUUCGUACGACCGCAACAACAUCCAAGAUCGCAAGGUGUUCCUCGGCAUGUUCACGAAGCGCUCCAAGAGUCCACUCACAAAUCACCGCUUGAACCUGCGCCAGGUUGUCCCAAAUCAUGCUCUCAAAGCGGCGAUUGCAGAGUUUAACGGCAAACUCACCCAGUCCGACGGCAGUCCCAUGGUGUACCCCAUUGAAUAUCCACCGCCGUCUCCACCACUUCCGGUGGUUUUCUAUACCAACAACCCGCCGCCGCGACCGAGCACCAAUCUAUCCCCAAACCAACCGCCGUCCGUCUACAGAGUUUCGCGGGAGACGUCGGUGCUGUGGUCCCAAGACAGCCAUGACACGAUGCCGCCCGAGCUUGUUCGUCCGCUGCCCGUCGAUGCACUUCUCGUUGGGCUUGUCGACAACAAUGCGCCCUUCGUCGAAGUCGACGGCGACGCCUUCGGGUCGCUUGUCGACACUGCGUACGUGUCGCUGGGGGACUUGGAGCUCGUGGAAGCCAUGGAAGUGCGCAUGCGCUUUUGCCUUGGUCGCCGCACGCCUCUCGCGCUGUGGCCGACAGUAUCCACGGCUCACGUGCUCGCGUGGAUGGAUAUGGGUGAUGUCGUCGAGUCGGAAGCCGUCGUGCUGGACGCGACGGGGCAAGCCUUCCACCGAUGCCACGAGACGAAAUGCUGGCUCCGCAUCGAUGAAGAUGCCCGCCUCUUGACGUCGUAAUGUUGCCGUGCAGCAUCCAAAGAGGUCCGUGGACAAAGUGUAGUUGGCACGGCACUAUUUAAAUGGUUGUGACAUAAGUAGCAGUGGAGCAUGCCCUUGGUCGACCUCCCCCACAUCUCUACA